AUGUCCCAUCGGAACAUCCUGAUAGGGUCUGGACAUGUUUUCCGAGCUCUUGGCCUACUGCCUGUGGCUUUCUCGUACGAUGAAGGCUCUUACCUUCAGUUCAAAACGUCGAAAUGGGCUAUGGCGUACUCAGCGGCAUUUCUCGUAGCCUACGUUGUUAAUGGAUUUCACCUGUACUAUUCGAUGGUAAAGUUGCAAUGGGAUAAUAAACUUUACAGUAGCGCCUACUUUUUCGCAACUUCCUAUUCCAUCAACCUUUUCGGCAUGAUGUUGACCAUGGUCAUUUUCAUGGUUCAAAAUCGAAAAAUCUGUAAGUUGCUCAAUCAUAUCAUACUAAUUUGGUACGCGCUCCAACUGAAGAUUCCACUUAGCGUUGAUAGUAAACUAUGGAAGAUGUAUUUGAUUAAGUUUGUCUUAUUCGAUGGCGCACUUUCAGUAAUUUUUAUGCAAGCAACGGCUUUGUGGGGAAAAGUAGAAGAUCACAUACCAGCAACAGAGACUUGUCUCAUCUACAUCUGGAACAGUGCGCUGAACAAUAUGUUUAUGCUUACUUUCUAUCUUGGUGCACAUUACUACCGAAUGAUCAAUUCCAAGUUCAAAGGCUUAAGCAAUAGGAUAGCUGUUCUGGAAAUUAAAAGAGCCUUUUGGAAGCUGCAUCCGAAAAGAGAGCUACAGUAUUACAUGGCGAUCGUUGACGAGCUCGAUCAUUGGAUAGAACUCCAUUGCUUGGUGAAUGAGAAGGUUCAACGUUUCGUUGGUAUUCUCAGCGUUGCAUUUAUGUUUCUGCUGUUCAAAUAUUUCAUCGUAAUAAUAUCCGGACUGUAUGGAGCGUACAUGCAUGUGAUUAGCGAUUUUCGUUGGAACCGAGGUCUCGAUUGUAGACGACUGAUCCUGGAGACGUUCAGUGCUCUGUUUUCGAUUUGCCAAAUGUUCUUCCUGACGGCGAGUGCUGCGCUGUACACCAAACGAGCCGAGAAAACUGGACUCAUUUUAGAAGAUCGACGAACUUGUAAUGUAGAUGAUAGGAUCAGUAGAACGGUCGAAGCUUUCGUCACCGAGUUAUGCCACAAAGACUUCAAAAUCCGGGUCUGGGAUAUGUUCAGCUUGGAUCACAGUCUUAUUUGUUCGAUGACGGCAACAAUAACGAACUAUCUGAUCAUGGUUGUUCAAUUGCAGCUGAUUAUGAAUGUCUAA